CAACGCGUUGAAUACGCGGUUAUUUGCGCAGUUGUGUGAAGAAAAUGACGAACACUUUCAUCAAUUAUUCCUUCACACUGAAGUACGCUGGCUGUCGAAAGGCUUAUGUUUGAGAAGAUUUUUUGCACUUUUUGAGACUAUUUUAGAAUUUCUGGAUACUAAAGAUAAAAUUUUAAAAGAAAAUUUAAUGAAGAGGAAAACAGACAUUGCCUAUUUAACAGAUUUGUUUACAAAAUUAAUAUGGUUAAUUUGCAAUUACAAGGCGACAGUUUAAAUUUGAUUAAAACAAAGUCCAUCUUAUCAGCGUUUCUUGCCAGAGUUAAACUAAUGAAGCAAAAUAUUGGACGGGGCGAAUUUUCUCAGUUCCCCAAUUUGUCACAGACAAGCUGCCAGGAAGACGACGUUUCAACUGACGUUCAACAUUUAAAUGCCCUCUAUUCAGAUUUUGAAUCUAGGUUUGAGGAUAUUUUGACUAUGGUAAUACCACCGUGGAUAAUUAAUCCAUAUGGUGACAUAGAAGAAACGAAUGUCAUAAUACAAGAGGAACUGACUGAACUAAGUACAAACGAAGAACUUAAGGUUCAGUUUAAAAACUGA